AAUAAAAAAAAGUAUUUUUGGCCAACACUGCUGCCGUAUCCUCUGACGUCAUUCUAGAGCGACAAGUAACUAUGGGUCAAAACCAGAGUGGUGGCCACGGUCCAGGAGGAGGCAAGAAGGAUGACAAGGAUAAGAAAAAGAAGUAUGAGCCUCCAAUUCCCACCAGAGUUGGAAAGAAAAAGAAGAAGACCAAGGGACCAGAUGCUGCCAGCAAACUACCAUUGGUUACCCCUCACACUCAAUGUCGUCUGAAGCUGCUCAAGCAGGAGCGGAUCAAAGACUACCUAUUGAUGGAGGAGGAGUUCAUCAGGAACCAGGAGCAGAUGAAACCCCUGGAAGAGAAGCAGGAGGAGGAAAGGUCAAAGGUGGAUGACCUGAGAGGGACACCCAUGUCUGUGGGUACCCUGGAGGAAAUCAUAGAUGACAACCACGCCAUUGUUUCCACCUCAGUGGGAUCAGAGCACUAUGUCAGCAUUUUGUCUUUUGUAGAUAAGGAUUUGCUGGAGCCAGGUUGUUCUGUCCUGCUCAACCACAAGGUUCAUGCUGUGAUUGGGGUGCUGAUGGACGACACUGAUCCCUUGGUAACAGUGAUGAAGGUAGAGAAGGCCCCACAAGAAACCUAUGCUGACAUUGGAGGACUGGACAAUCAGAUCCAGGAGAUCAAGGAGUCAGUGGAGCUGCCGCUUACACAUCCAGAGUAUUAUGAAGAGAUGGGUAUUAAGCCUCCCAAAGGUGUCAUCCUGUAUGGACCUCCUGGCACAGGAAAAACAUUGCUCGCCAAGGCUGUAGCCAAUCAGACAUCAGCCACCUUCCUGCGUGUGGUAGGUUCAGAGCUGAUCCAGAAAUACCUGGGAGACGGGCCCAAGCUGGUCCGAGAGCUCUUCAGGGUGGCAGAGGAACACGCUCCCUCCAUCGUCUUCAUCGAUGAGAUUGACGCCAUCGGCACUAAGAGGUAUGACUCUAAUUCUGGAGGUGAGAGGGAGAUCCAGAGGACCAUGCUGGAGCUGCUCAACCAGCUUGAUGGCUUCGACUCACGGGGAGACGUGAAAGUCAUCAUGGCCACCAAUCGGAUAGAAACCCUGGAUCCAGCCCUCAUCAGACCUGGGAGAAUCGACCGGAAGAUCGAGUUUCCUCUGCCCGAUGAGAAGACCAAGAGGAGGAUCUUCCAGAUCCACACCAGCCGCAUGACCGUCGCAGAUGACGUCACCCUCGAUGACCUCAUCCUGGCUAAGGAUGACCUAUCAGGGGCAGACAUCAAGGCCAUCUGCACUGAAGCAGGUCUCAUGGCUCUGCGAGAGCGCCGCAUGAAGGUCACAAACGAAGACUUCAAGAAGUCCAAGGAAAAUGUCCUGUACAAGAAGCAAGAGGGCACACCAGAGGGUCUUUACCUCUAACCUUCAAACUUUUGUUUCUCUCACUCCCUCUCACCCCCGCCCUUCCUCCGUGUGUCUCUGUGUGAAAGAGGGGAGGCAGUCGUGCGUCUUCCCAGAGAGAAUUUUGAUAUUUUGUGCAUGUCCUGUCUGGUUUAUCCCACUUUCCUGUUAUUAUUUGUUAAGACAUUAAAUAAAAUAACAAAAAAAGAGAAAAUAA